CGGUCACAUCAACUGUCACGCAUUCUCCCUUACUCUCAUCUCAUACAUACUCUCUCCGAAACAGAACGGUCACACAUAACAUGUCAUUAAGUCCCUGAAAGCAGACUAGACUAGACUAGACGAGACGAGACGAAUAUUCUCCCACUUGCCUUCACCUGGAGCCACAACCACCGCCACUAUGAACCUACGCUCGCCCGCAGGCGGGCGGUGCACCUCCCUCAGCAUCCCCGCCAUCUCCGACCGGAGGCAGCUCGAUCGCUCCCUCCAGACGUUCCCGCCGGAGAGCCAUACGGACCUCGUCCGCCGCAGGGGAGGCCUCAUCUCCGUCCCCAGGCGGGUCCUGGCCCCCGCCGAGGGCGGUGCUGCUCAGAGGCUGACGAAGCUGCUGCUGAACGUCACGGUGGAGAGGAGCCUGGGGCCGGUCCAGGUGGUGAUGCCACCGGAGAGCUCCGUGCGGGACCUGAUCAAGGCGGCGGUGGAGAUGUACGCGAGGGAGAAGAGGCGGCCGCUGCUGAAGGAUGCCAAUCCUCGGGGGUUCGAGCUUCACUACUCUCCCUUCAGCUUAGAGAGUCUCAAGCCAGAGGAAAAGCUGAUAAACUUGGGGUCGAGGAAUUUCUUCCUCUGUUCGAGGCAGUCAUCCUCGAUCUGUCCUGAUAACACGUCUUGCUCCGAUGAAGCCAAGCACGACCCGGUCGACAACGCAUUGAUGAUGACCAACCUAAUGGAUUUCCUCCUGUGAUCACGGUCCGGAUGACCGUUACGGGAUCGAAUCAUACGGAACCCAAGAGGAUGUCGAUGUUCCUUUCUUCAGCUCAGCUAUCAACUAGGAAUUAGAUUAGGUUUCAAUACACAUCAUGUGUAUAUUGCUAGAGAUUGCGAGCGUUUUUACUGCUCUGCAUGGAUUCUUCCCUCAUGAAAAACUGAUGUAUAUUAAUGGGAAGACAGAAGUUCUUACUUGAUAACUAUCAC